AUUUUACAUGCAUUUGGAAUUACAGAAAUUAUCAUAUUAUUCAGGUAAUGCCAAAAUGAUUAAAAAACAGCAUGACAUUGCAAGGUCUCUUCGACUGGCAAACGACGCGGAGUUAGCGAAGUCUUUCAUGUAAAGAUGGAUAAAAUCAAGAACUCGACCUGCUGUUUUGGGGACAAAGAAAGGUGUGCCACUUAUGCCGAGGAAAUAAGAGCAGGGACUAUAACUAAAGAAGGUGUCAUCGUUUUUAUUCUCCUUGGCAUUGCCAUCAUCCUCCAAGUGUUUCAGCUUUACAUGUUUAGAAAGAGGUGGAAAAUAGGGACAGCCCCCUGGAAAAGACAUCGGAUGGAAUCUCAAAACUCGGGAAGGGAUCAAGAUGUAACUGGAUCUAUGCCAAAGACUGAAGACUACAAGGCCCCAAAAGACGAGAAAGAUUCGGCGGGGGAUACUGUGUUAAAAUGCGUCACCUCUAACGCUGAAGUGCAAAUCCAUACCAGUCGAUCUGAUUUAAAAAAUACAAAAAGUGAUAAUUGGGAAAAUAAUGUGAAAGCACUCGGAUAUUGCAAACAGAAGAGUACUGAAACUGUGUAUUCUAAUAAUUCGUUGGUCCCAAAUUCCCAAGAAUCAACUCCAUCGACAAAAGACAAAAUUGAAAAGGUGUAUGAUUAUACAACUUCUGUUAUGGUACAGGGACUCGAUAGAGCUUCCGUACCUAACUCAUCUGCAGAGGACAUAAAGCAACCUCCAGUAUUAGACCACAGGGGAAGAACCGUCAGAGAGAAAUGCCCGACACCUUGUAGGAAUCAAAAGAUUAAGAUACCUCCAAACCCAAUUCAAAAUAAGCUUCACAGACCUCGGUCACAAACGGGUUCUAAACGAAAAAAGAAAAUUAAAUCCAAAAAGGUGGAAAAUACGGAGUACCUAGACUGGGGAACUUGUCAUACAAAAGUAGUAAAGGACACGCGCAAUCUCAACAUCGGAUGUUCUUUGCCUAUCCCGAGAGACCGUGGAGCUACUAGAAGUAUGUCUCUAGAUGUAACUGCUUCAAGGAGUUGGAAUAUCAGCAGUGACGAUGAUUCAGACACAGAUGACAGUAAAGAGGAAUUCACCCCACAGUUAACUUGGUACAUUCAAAGGCUUAAGGAAAAACAUCCAUAUAUAUUACAGAGGUCUAAAACGGGAUGUAUGGGACGAAAAAGGCCUUGUGAUCCACGGGAGAACAAGACAUUAGGUUCCAAGUCUUCGCAAAGCCUUGGUGUCAUGUUUAUAUUAGAUAAAAAUAAAAGUGUCAGUGUUGAAGAUGACCUUGAAAAAAGAAGCUCCGCGGAUUACUUAGCAAUAAUAGACACAAAAAGACACAAUGAACAAAGCACGAUACUCGAGGAGAGGGAAAUACAAUCAGAAACUGUUUCGGAGGAAAAUUUGGAUGAUGCACAAGGACAGAUCACAGUGAUAGAGUCUACACUGAAAUCAGACAGAACUUCUGGGAAAGAAGCACCAACAGCGGAAGUGGUGACUUAUGUAAAUGAGGAAGUUGUAUAUAUGACUGAUUGUAAUCUCGUUCACGAAAGAACAGGAAGCACUGUUGUCAACAUACAAGACUCCGGAGAACUACUGAAUUACACAGAAGAAAAAAGCGAAAUGUUCACAAUAGUGUGAAAGCAUUGCUUAGUGAAAAAGUAUUAUUUUCCUUAUCUUAUAAAAUCAAAUAACAAACAAUUUAACAUUUUAACAAAGCUUAAUCACGCCUUUUAUAGAACAAGAACGGUUUGUAAAUAUGGCUGGAGAGCUUCAUUGGCCGCAAAGAAAGCACAGGUGCUUGGGGGCGGGACAAUUCGCCCAGCCCCCCACCCCUGUGUUCCGUAUCCCAAAGCUUCUUUGACCUUUUUAAUAUAAAUUAUUAGUAUUCUUCUAUGACAUAUUUACAAAGUAUUAUAACUGAAAAAAUCCUAAAUUUUAGCUAAAACUUAAUUACCUUUUAUAAAAAAUCAUACUCAUUGAUACUAAAACAGUUCUAUACAGUUAAUUUUCUUUUGGUAAAUUUGAGGACAUGGUAUCACAUCAACUGAACCAAAUUCUUACUUAAUUGUGUUGUAUAAGAGAAAUACUUGUACUAAUAGACAGUUAUUUCGUGUAAAGUACUCAAUAAAUUCCAAGAAAUGUAGGAAAUAAAUUUGGUUUUAGAUCAAGUUGUAAUUAUAUAAUAUGAUAUAUUUAUGUUCAGUCUGAACGUCUAUGAAGUUCGGAGUAAGGAGUUAAUUCUAUCGUCGACGGUUCAAAUCCCGUUGCAGGACGUGUGGACCAGUCCUUCCAAUGUUUUCAAUUAUGACUAAAUUAGCAGCCCGCCACCGGUUUUAGUCAUAUUGAUGUAUAUGCAUGUGGAUGGAUGCAAAUUUACACCUAUAUAAAGCACUUACGGCCUUUCAGCAUCUACUUAUCUAAUCAUUUUAACGGGAAGCUUAUAUCACUUGUUU